GAAACCAGCAACCAGACUGAAGACCGACAUGGCCCGGAUCGGCGUUGCAGUGCUCGCCCUCCUGGUGGCCGCCGCGGCGGUCGCCUGCCUGCCGGCCCCGGCCUCCGCCGGCGAGCAGGACUCCAUACUGCUGUCGCGCGCGGCGACCUGCGACGGGGCCGUCGGGGAGUGCGGCGUGGACGAGGACGAGGAGAUGGGGACGGGCGCCUACGGCACAGGCGAGGCCCUGCGCCGGUCGCUGGCGCGGAAGCCGACGGCCAGGUACAUCAGCUACGCGGCGCUGCGCGCCGACCAGGUCCCCUGCAACAAGCGCGACAAGUCCUACUACACCAACUGCGGCUCGAUGCAGCAGGCCAACCCCUACACGCGCGGCUGCUCCGCCAUCACGCGCUGCGCGCGCAACAUGAACUGAUUCGUCGUCCGUAUGCCCGCCUCUGCUGCCUCGUCGAUCUCGCGCACGUACGGCAAUCAUCGAUACGUGCGUACGAACGGAGAGGGAACGUGACCGUGUGAGCGCCUAAUUAAGCACUGUAUGCGUUUGUGCUGCUUCAACAUUGAUCCAACAAAAUCAACGACUGUUAUUGUUUUCGUGAGUAGCUUCUAUCUAUGUAUCCACCGUGUUCCUGCUAUUGCCAUGCCAAUUUAUUCCUUCUGAAAAAUGUUUGUAUAUUUGAAGAAGAACAGAGUUUUUUUUUCCGCCUCUAUUUUGAUAUGCUUGUAAUUUUCAUAAACGAGUUAGAAUUUGUGGAUA